AUGGAGACGGAGAAGGAGUACAUCGAAAUAACGGACUUGCUCCGGCGGAAUGUGGAAGACCUGAACGAUGAAGAGGAAAUCCACGUGAGCGACUUCUCCUAUGAGAAGUACGUCUGCUCCCUCGAAAUGGGAGACAACAAAUUGGACGUGGGGAUCAAGCCAGAAAAAAGAAUUACCAUAAAAGAAUGUGAAGAAAAAAAAUACCUAUCGGAGGAUAUCUGUUUGGAAGACAUGCUCCUCAUUAUGGACAAUCUGGUCCUCCAACAAGUGAAGCUCCUCCUGGGAAACCAUCCCUUUUUAACUGUCUUAAGUUGCUAUUUCCUUCACCACUCAAAUGUUACUAAUUGUAAUGAUGACUCGUUCUUCUUUGAAAAAAUCUUUCACAAAUGUAUAAUGUCCUUCUGUGCCGAUAGCAUAUAUAUGAACAUUUUCGAGAAUGACAAUAGGGAAUUUGUUCAACUUAUGCGGAAGGGGGUAGGAGAGAAGCACCCCCACAGGGAAGGAUAUUCCUCGGAUAAAGCGCCAACCGAGGGGAACAACCCGUUUGAUGAACCCAACUUGCACCGCUCAAUGUCGGAAGAGGGUUACCUCAGAAAUAACCUGUUCACCUUCUUCCAGCUGUUCUUAAUCCUCUACGCAUCAACAGCAGAAAUUAUAGACCACAUUGUCACAAAAAAUAGCUGGCUGCACAGGGAUGACUACAAAAGCGGGUUGCUAAAAAUAACGGACUCGUUAAUUUAUCACUGCAGACGCAGGAGGAGGUACGUGAUGAAGAACCUCUUUCUCGUGAAGAGGUGCUUCGCCAAGUUUUUGGCGCAGUACGAGGAGUCCCUGGACGGGGGGCAGAAGAAUCCAGGCACGAAGGGGAGUGCGCAUAAAAAUGCAGGCAAAAGUGACAGCAAAAAUGAGGGCAAAAAUGACAGCAAACAUGUAGGCGAAAGUCCUGGUCACAACAGAGAAAACAGGGAAGAUGACUUAGCAGACGCACCUGUUAACCCCGUCCUGUCUAUCCUUCGCAGAAUCCAGUUUGCCAUUCUCCUAAACACGAUGAUAAAUCAGGUCGUUUUCGAAACGAAGGAGGUGAACACAGACUCCAUUAAAGAAAAUUGUAAGGAGCUCCAAAAAUGCAUACGCAUGAUCUGUAAAGAAGUAGCUUCCAAAUGUCAGCAGAAAGACAAGCCAAUCCGAAAGAAAUAUUUUAAUAAAUAUCUUUUAAUGUAUAAACUGAAGAGUGUGUCUAAGCACGUGACAAAAAUGAGUAUCCAUGAGGGCUACUCCUUCUUUGAAAAGGUAACGCUAGAUGUAGAAUACGUCGUAGAACAUUUCCAGCGCAUAAACUCCAAGUCAAGUUUCAUGGACGUUAAGAACGUAGUGCAUUAUGUAAAAUUUUACUCCGCCAGUCGGAACGUUUUGGUGAAGUGCAUUUCGAGGGGGUACAUCCAACAAGUGAUGGAUAACGCAAAGGGGGAUUUCCUUUCCUUCGAGGGGGACCUACUACUUAAGGAAGAGAAAAAGGCUAAAAGUUUUUUUCGCAAUUUGCAAGGGGAUCCUCCCCAUGGCAAUGUGGAAUGUCCUGAGGAGUCAACACGGGAAAAAUUGAAAAAAGUGGAAAAGGUAGAACAAAUACCAAAAGAAGAUCCGCUUGAAAAGCGAGAAGACAGCCAGACGGAUCGCAUAAUGACGAACGGGGUCCCCCUGGAUGAACCUCCCGGCGAACAGAACCACCAAUGGGACUAUUACGACGAACACCCAGAUGUAGGUCAUUACUACUCCCUGUUUCUAAACACAUACAGAAAGGAAGAGACGGAUGAUGCUCCCUCCAUUAAACGCCUAAAUGAGGAAUUCUCCCAAAAUGUGAAAAAAAAUAUAUUUAUCAGUUUCUUCCUCCACUUAUUUUUCAACGAAUCGUAUAUAAUACUAGAAGAGGUGUCCAAGGAGGAUCCGAAUUUUUUUGUCAAAUCUGUUAUUUUUAAUGAUCUGUGCUACUUUGGUUUUUCCCCUCCUCUGCUAGUGUUACUGUCAAAUUUUUUUUAUUCCCCUGAUACGUUUUUUUUUGCUAUGGAGCAUGUGUACCAAGUGGACAAAGGGUUGACUUAUACAAAUGAGAAGGAAGGUAAAUCAUUUGGGGGGGUGUUUUUUCCUCCUUGGGAUGUUAAAAAAAUGGAGCGAAAUUUGCGUUUGCAUUUCCCGUAUCUGAUAAAUUAUAUGCAGGAGGAGAGCUCCCUUGUGGAGUUGUUCACCGAGUUGGAAGAAUUUAUCGACGAGUGUGCAGGGGCAGAGAACACACCGUGGGGAGUAGACCAAUGGAGGUCCGAUGAGAAGCGUGAAAGUAACUGUGUUUCCGAAUGUAGGGACGCCCACCAGGGGAGCAGCACCGUGGGGGAAAACCAACCCAAGGAGGAGCGCGCCGAACAGGGCAAACACGCUAAACGCGGUAAUGGCACCCCAGCGAGCAUAACCGGCAGGCGGAUGAAACUGACAGUCCUCUGCAAGAUAUUUCACCUGUUCAUGGAGUAUCUCGAGAUAGUCUUAAAAAAAGUCCUAAACUUUUCCUUUUUGCUAUCCUCUAGGGAGCACUCCAAAUUGAGCGGAUUCCACACAGACAUGUGCGUAUUGUACACUCUCAUGAAAAUUCUGACUUACUACUUCAAAUUGUACAAUAUGAACAGCGAAAUGGAGAGCGUGGAAAAUUAUUUCAACUGUAUUUUCCACACGGUGUUAAUUGAUUACAGCUGUUUAAGCCUGUAUACAGACAUGCCAUCCGACCAGGAAUAUGCCUUUACCUAUUACGUCAUGUCAUUAUGCUACAAAGAAUUGGCGGGCACACUGCAAAAAGGGUUAAAAUUAAAUUAUGGUGAAAAUAGGAACAAAUUAAUUUAUUCCUUAAUUUAUUACAUUCUGUAUCUGUACUCAGAUUUUCUGAUGAUCUAUUUUAUUUAUUUUUCCUACACCAAUGUGGAUUCGGAACCCAUCGAGGAGGACUCCUACAACAUGAAGUACAAAGCGUGGAAUUUUUGUUACCCAGAUAUUUCAAAAAUUGACUUUUACAAUUUUCAGAAAAAUAAAGCUGCCCUCAUUAAUGCCGUCCUCACGAAGAAUUUAAAAAUCACCCUUUCCCCAAAUGACGAAAUCAACAUUGGGGUGAAAAAAAAAAUUAAAAAUUUAGCUCAAGUGAAAGAGAGCUACCGUAAUUCGAAGAAACGUAUUAGCAAAUACUCCAACUUGUCAUAUAUUAAGAAUUACUUAAGUCAUACUUUUCGCUUUUUUGAGAAAGCCUCCUCCGAGGUCGACAUUUGUUCCUAUUUAAAAGGGUGUGUAAGCGAAAUUCAGAAACUUAUAAAAGAUGCCUUAACCUACAAAUACGACAACAUCAGCUUCGUUCGUAUUUUCCUAAAUUCGUACGAACAUAAUUUGAUCAAGUCUUACAAGAAAUUUCCCCCCUUUUGCGUUGAAAAUUCUUCCAUCUUUUUGAACCCCGAUUGUGAGGUGGUCAGCGACCACUCCUAUUUUUUAAGUGUACAGGAAAGGAAGAAAAAAAUAAACAUAAAAUGA